AUGUCAACUUCCUUUCCGUUGACGCUAUCAGCACCUUUUACUCAAACGUAUCGCCGUCAGAUUUCCAAGCGUCGUCCGCUCUCAGUUUCAUGCGUCACAGACAAACCCCAACUCGGCGCAGAAAUCUUUGUCGAAUCGCUUGAGCGACAUGGUAUAGAUACCGUGUUCGCUUAUCCAGGAGGAGCGUCAAUGCARAUACACCAAGCCAUUAAUGGCUCAAAAAUCAAAAAUAUUCUACCUAGGCAUGAGCAAGGAGGUGUAUUCGCAGUGGAGGGAUACGCUCGUGUUACCUUUAAAAAUAUACGCUCGUGUUACGGGGAAACCCGAUGUCUGUAUAUUUUUAAAGGAAACACGAGCGUAUCCCUCCGCUGCAAAUACAGCUCCUUGCUCGUGCCUAAGUAG